AUGGCUCCUCCAGUUGUUGAAUCACUAAACAGUGAUGAAAAAGCAAUUAUUGAUUUCAUUAACAAAAACGAUUUAAGUGGUUUGAAGGCACAUAUGAGUCAACUUGGAAUUAAACCUACCCUUGUUGAUGAACAUGGUAUGACCCCACUUUCACAUGCUGCUUAUAAAGGAUAUUUUGAAAUAUGUCAGUAUUUGUUGGAUCAAGGAGCUGAUCCUAAUGCUUCUCAUCACCAACAUGGUUACUCAGCUUUGCAUUUUGCAGGCUUAAGUGGAAAUGUGGAACUAUGUCAACUUUUAUUGGAAGCCGGCGCUAAUAUGUCGGCACUAAAUUCAGUAGGACGGACAGCAGCUGAAACUGCAGCGUUUGUUGGAAACUACAGGUGUGUUAGCAGUAUUAAUAAUUACCUGCCAAAAUCAGAAGUAGAUUACUAUAGUGUUAUUCAUGGUCUGGAAACUGAACCUAAAUUAUCUCCAGGUCUUGCUGCACCUCUUCAUAAAUUCAUUAUCCAAGUAAAUGUACACCCUGUGAGGAUAUCCCUAAACCUUCAACCUAAACUAAUAAAACAUCUUAAACAAAUUAAGAAUGUUUUAGAACUUAUGUGUUCAAAAGAAAUGAGAAAGGGUUCAGGUUCUAAUGAAAUAAUGGCUUUCAAACUUCAUUAUUUAUCUGCUAUAAUUGCAGAAAUACAGAAAUAUCAAGUUCCUGAAAAACAGUCAGAUGCGGUGGAAACUUUUGUUCGAAAAAUCUUGAGAAGUGGGCGAGGUGAGGGUUACAUGGAUCUUUUAAUCAGAGAAGCCGUGAGGGAAUUUCCAUAUAGAAACAGUGCACUCCUAAUACAGAUGGUGACUAGUUUAGCUAAGAAAAAUGAAUCCCCAGAAGCAUUGAGUGUUGUGACUCAAGCAAUUAAUGGCCAACAUGGGUUUCUAUCCGACGUGGUCACUUGUGCUACUUGCGCUGAAGAAAAUCCUGCCAAAAAAUGUUCCAAGUGUCGCCAAGUGCAAUAUUGUGAUAGGGAAUGUCAAAGACUUCAUUGGUUUAUUCAUAAGAAAGAGUGCAAUAGAAACACUGAUGAUUUAAGCAAUAAACUAGAUACUAUGAAGGUAGAUUAA